GUUUGAAAUAACUCAUAUUUAUCACUUCUAUGUUAAAGUUUGUGUAGUAAAUACGUAAAACUGUGGGACUGUGACUUUUAACCGAGAAUUUAUAUUAAAACCAAAGUUUUAAGCUGUUAAGUUUGGCUAAAAUACUGUUAUAGUGUUUUAAUUGUAAAAACUACAAUUAAAAAGUUUGGCUGAUUUACGAGUAUGGUUUUAUAAUAAAAAAGAAAAUGAAAAACCUCAUAAUCCUAUUUAGUCUCUCGGCUUUAACGACUCUAAUAUCCGGCAAAAGCCAUUGUCACGCUUGCUUCGACGGCAUUUGUUAUUCCAAAGCUCUAAUAUUUCAAAACUAUCCAAUAUCCGGACAAUUAGCUAUUGACAGAGUUGACAACGUUAUUUAUUUUCACUAUGAAGAUACACGGCCUUCAGACCACAGUGUUGCUUUCGAUUUAGACGAUGUAAGAUUGCUUUUUAUACCAGAUAUUCAAUUUUCUUUUGCUAGAGCUGUUGAUCAGGCAACUAGAGAUGUUUAUAUCGGUGGAGCGAAUGGCAUUUACAAAUACAACCCUACUACGAAUGAGACUACUUUAUAUGGUCUUUCUGAUAAGACUAUCUGGCAUAUGCAGUACAAAGAAAAAGUGUACUACACUAUUUUUAUGACCAAAGGCUUGUAUACUUUUGAAAAGAAACAAUCGAAGACCAUAGCGGCAUUGAAAGAUUACAAUAUCGAUGAUUUUAUAGUCGACAAGAGAGAUGAUAUUUAUUUCAUGAGCAAUUUUACCGUCUAUAAGUUGGGUAAAGGAGAGAAAAAGCCGUCAAUUUUCUCGAAUAUUAUAUACUCUUUGACUACGGAUAUUAAUGAAAAUGCCUAUUUUGUUCAGAGUGAAACUAGAGGGUUGUACAAAAUUGAUUACCGAACGGGCAGACUGACCGAAAUUGGGGCUUUUGGUAGCGGCUCGCCAUUCAGAACAGUAUUCGAUAAUUACAAUAAUGUUAUAUAUUAUGAUGCAGUCAGUGAUCAACUGUUUUAUUUAACACCAAAUUAUGGAAAAUGUAAAGUGACAAAUGAUGGGAAAGGGAAGAAAUUGAAGAAAAAAGUUUCGUCGUUGUUUGAGUGAUGUGAAGUGAUUCGGCUAAAAGUGAAGUUAAUGCCGAAUAUCUGUUAUUCUGUGAAAGGACUCUUAUGUUAUCAUUACCUAAUAGUAAAAAUAAGAAGUUUAUUUAUAUAUCUGUAAUUUAACUUUAUGUUAUAAAGAAAACCGAUAUACA